GCGAAGGGGAUCUCUUCACCGGGUUUCUGGCAAGCCCUUUUUUCCCGUUUCCUUACCGCCAACCUAUAGUAUGUCCCCUGUGCCUUGUCCACUGGAUCCGGCCGGCGGGCUCGUCAGCGGCCCGUCGCCGGCGGCGCCUGCUUCACCUCCCUCCUCGGCCGACUUCCUCUCCGAGUCGGAUCUCAGUUCCUCCAUGACAGAUCUCCCGCCGCUGGUUGAGGCCAGCUCCUCCUCCUGCUCGGAUGAUGAUGAUGAUGAUGACAUCCCUGCGCCGGACCUGCUGCUGGCGCCGGUUGUCAGCCACAGCAUUGGCGUGGACCUGCCAAUCAUCUCCGAGCGCCAGGCCCGGCUUGAUAGCCUGUUGGCCCAUAGGCCGACAGUCGACGACCUGGUCCGGCGGAACCUCCUGACUCGCGCGGCCACCGAUGUUGCGCCGGCCGUGCGAGCUACUCUCUCCGCGCUGGAGCGCUCCCAAACCGAGCGCGCGCUGAUGUGGGCACUGGAGCACCGGCUCCCCCGGUCGCGCCUCGUCGAGCUGAACAUGCUCAACGAUAUCGACGCCGAUCCACAGGCACCCUCGCGCCGAGGAAGCAUCCCCAGCAGCAGCCGGCCCACCUGUCCGAAGAAGCUGGCCGAGCUGGCCGGUCAGAGGGACAUCCUGAAUUCCCUCGACAGGAAGCUGCGUCUGCGCCCCUCGCGUGACAUGCUUAUCGAGCAUAACUACCUGAAGGUCGGCCAGCCGGAGAUGAUUCUGGCCCGUGAAAAGCUCCAGCGGCAGCUGACCGUGCGCAGCCUGAGUGCCUCGCUGCAAACGCGCCACGAGCCACCCUCGCGGAUCCUGACACCGACUGAGUCCGAAACUUCGCUCUCGGCCUUCGAUUCCACCACCUGCGAGGAUGGCGCCGGCACGGAAAUCCCCCCCGCCGGCCUGACUGAAGCCAGCUCCGUGAACACUGACGGCUCGCUGGCCCCCUCUUCCCAGCAUUUGACCCCCCUGCGGCCAUUCAGCCUGCCGGCCACGGCCACGCGCUCCGGCCUGGCUCGACGCAUCCGCGAAACACAGCGCAUCCUGGCGGCACAGCAUGCCGAGGUGGCCCCCGGUGCCGGGUCCGCCAGCCGGGGCAUCAUCCCCUGGCCCCAGCCCGGGACUACUCCCCCCUCGGCGGCAGUGGCCUAUGCCAUUGCCAACUCCCACAACUACGCCAAUGCCCAUCACAUGGUGGUCGGCAAUCCGGCGGCCGAGCGCAAGCUCAAUCACCUGCGCACCCUGCGCAAGGAGGGCCGCUUCGUGUGCAGCCAUUGUGGCGGCGAGGACCAUCGUGGCCGGGAUCUCGCCUCCCCGCGGUACUCCUACACGGAGUUCUUCAGUGAGAGCGAGUGGGUUCCGAUCCCGGGGCAGCCUGGUGACGACCCGGCCGAUGCCUUCUUCCACCAUCACCACCAUGGUGGGCGGCAUUCCUUCCCCGGUGCCGGGGUCGAGCCGGCCUCCGAGUAUGCCACCCCGCUGCGGCGGCCCUUCCACCACCCGGAAGCGCGUGCGCGGCAGCUUUGCAACCCCUGCUUUGGGGUUUGCGUUUGCGGGCAGGCGGCUCCACGGGCAUUUGCCAAUCUGCCGGCCGUCGUGGAGGUUUCCAGUGGGCUGGCCACUCCGGGCACCGCUGUCGAGGGGGUAAUUGGCGUGCCCCCGGCCGAGGCGGACACCCUGGGUUGCGACAAUUGCGGGUCCCUGGCCCCGCGGUGCGGUCCGGCCAGUGUGGCCUGGUGGCCGGCCCCCUCGCAUCCGCAGCCCCGGUCACAUAUGGACAUCGAACGCCGGCGUAAUGAGCAGCUGGACUAUGCGGCACAGUGUGACGCGGAAUUCCGCCGUCUGCAGGCGGCUGGCCAGUUGCCGGCCGUGGUGGACGGGCGUCCCCGUACCGGGCGCCGUGUGCGCUUCCUCGGGAUUGAUGUCGACCCGGCUGGGCCCCAUCCUGGCUCGGCAUCGGCCUUGUCUUCCGGUGCUCUGAGUGAUGGCUCGGAGGCUGGCGAUGAGGGGGAUGCUGGAUCCGGCGAGGAGGUGGAUGUGGUGUCGGUUCGGCCGGUCGGCGCCGGGCGGCCGCUCUUCAGCACGGCCACCGCCUUCGCGGCCUUCAGCCCGUAUGCCGCCGGAGCCGGGACCCUCGACGAGGAGGGCCCGCAUUCGGAUCCGCGGGCCAUCAGCGGAGUGCGCUACUUUGCGCGGUAUCGCUUCCGGAAUUGCUUCAAUGACGAUUGCUACCUGCUGGAUUCCCGCAUGUACGACGACAUCGAGGGCGAGGAGGCAUUCGAGAGUGCCCUGCUCGAGGCGGACAAGGCCGCAUCGGACUUCCGAGUUCGUCGACGCGAGGAGAUGGCGGCUGCCGGCGGCCGGCGCUCUGUCUCGCUGCCGGAGGAGGACGACUCAUCCAUGCACUGUGCCUCUGACAGUGACACCGACGCCGAUGACACGUACUACUAUCACCACCAGAUCAGCCAGCGUCUUUUGGCGGCGGCCGAGUGCUGGCCCCAGGCCGGGGCCAGUGUCUCGGAGGAGGAGGAGGAGGCCGAGCCGGCGGAGGAGGAUGACGAGGCGGCUGCCGGGCACCAUGGCGAUGCCCAGCCCCAGCAGCCGGCCACAGCCAGUGUGUCGCCCACUGAGGCGGUGGCCAGCCUGGCGGAUGGCGAUGUCCCUCCCAUGUCGCCGACGGUGGGGGAUGAUGAUCUCCCGCCGCUGGUGCUGGUCGAGUACUCCGACGAGGACACCACCGACUUUGAUGUCGAGGCCCGGGCCAGCUCCGGUGCCGAUGGUGGCAAACAGCAGGCUGUCGAUGAUACCGAUGGCGAUGCUGAUGACGACGGCGAUGACGACGACCACGACGACCACGACGACGACGAUGAUGAUGAUGAUGACAGUGAGCAGUAUCUCACCUGCAGCGUCGGGCAUGAUGACCUGAAUGCCGCCGACUCGGGCUCGGCCGGUGGCUACUUCCCGCCGGACAACGAAUGCGAGUUCUUCCCCGUGGAGAAUCCCGCCCUGCGGGCCUCCAUCCCGGGGGUCGGGGUUUUCCUGGAGUCGGAAAUGCCGCCGAGCCCCAUCGUUGACCCGGCCACGCAGCAGGUUUCCUUCUCGGAGGACAUCAUGCUUAGCAUCCCGGUGGUGCACUAUUACCGGGGGUUCCACUUCCUGGAGCCGGAUCAUGACGGGAAUGUCUUUGCCAUUGCGCUGGAUGCCACUCGUCGGAAUGGUGACCACCUGCUGAACUCGACGCGCGUGUACUUGCAUGACCCGCGUAAGGCGCUGUUCUACUUUGCCGAUCGGGGAGCAGGCAAGGUCUUCUGCUAUGAUCCGCGCUCGGGGCUGACCAUCUCCAUCUAAAUGAGGAUGACCCUGCCCGGCCUUUGUGCCAUGUCUCCCCACAUCCCCUCCCCUUCCUUCACCUCCUGGGGCCGUUCCUUGCACACACUCUUGGCCCCUCGCCCCCCUCCUCCUCUCCUCCCUCCCCCCCCCUCAUCUUGGCGAGAGGGGUUCUAGAUUCCCCCCUCUCUCCGUCCCUUGUAGUUUAUGAUCAUGUCGCGUCUUCCCUUUUCUCCUUCACUCCGCGUCCGCCUCCUCCCUCCUCCCCCCCCUCCUCCUAGACUGCGCACGCUAGGUGCGCCAGUCAGCCACCCCUGUGUGCACGGUGUAGCCCUCUCGGCCUGCGCCGUCUCCCCUCCUUGCCUCUUGUUCCAAACGUGGCGUCCCCUCUUUUUUUUUUGUAAUCCCCUGUCACCAUGUAUAUACACCCCUUUCAAGCCA